ACUCUAUAGUAUUCUCUUCUACAAUUGUCUUCCAACAAUAGAAUAUAUAGGUUUUCAUACACUCUCUAAAAAUAAGCUUUGAGAUCUUUAUGGAGAGGAAAGCCACCUUCCAAAUUGUGUUUAUUCUUUUGAUUAUUUCCUAUGCAUAUGUUGCUGCAGUUCCUUCAACUAGGAUCUCCAUGACCAAAGAGAUGGAUAUUGAUUUUAAAGCUAAGGAGGAUUUGGUAAUAGACAUUAGGAGCAAUGACAAGCUCUUUGAAAUGAAGAAGGAAUUUGAAGAAAGAAGAAUGAUGAUAGAUCUUUCAGAUUACCCUAAUACAGGACCAAAUCAUCAUCAUGACCCAAAAUCUCCAGGAAAAGCAUAAUUCUCUUAAUUUUCAACAUUUUUUGAAAAUUAAGGAUUAUAAUAGUUUGGAUUCCAAAGUUUGCUAUUAAGUCACUAGUCUAUUAGUACUAGAAUCACAUGUCAUCUUUAGGGUAUCUCUAAUUGAAAAAUAUCAUAUUAGUUAAAAAGGAAAAAAAAAUUGAUAUAAAUAAGAUAAGAAAAAAUUAACAGCUAGAAAUGAGAAAAAAUUAUAUAGAUAUGUGGAUUUUGAAUCAAAAAAAAAAAAAAAAAAAUCGAUGGAGAUAGUCAAAGGGACAUGUGAUUUCAAAUAA